AUGGGGCGGCCAGCGCUGAAGAUUUUAGUGGUAUUGGCGACAGUGGCGGCUGUCGUUUGCAGUCUGCCCCACCAGGGCGAGGCGGAAGAUGUGACGUGGUUCCAGGGUUUCGAGAACUCGUCCUCGUCGGCCCCGGACUUCGACGCCCACGCAAGACUGGCGGCCUGCCGCAGUCUUGUCGCCACGCCCGCCCCCGUGCGAGUCAUCGACUGGAAGGACCCUCUGUUCGUCAUAUGGUUCCCGCCCGCCAGCAACAGCAGUUUUGAGCAUGAGUGGCUUGAAGACACCAUCCUCGCUAAAGUCAACAGGCCCGUUAUCUAUCACUACCCGGAAGGGUGCCACCUCAACGUCCGUUAUCGUGGAACGCAUGUGCCUAAGCACGUCCUCUACGUCAUUGGGGCCGCCCGAGCGCCAGAGAGCCUGGCGCAGUGCCUGGAGGAGGCUCAUGCACUGCGGGCGAAGCCAAACAAGAGCGCUGAUGAAGCGCUGAUGGCGCAGGCACGGAUCGGGCUUGUGCAUCUGAGCGACGAGCACAUCGGUUUUGCGGACCUCUGCUCUGCCGAAGACUCCAUUGAAGCUCCCAUUAGCCACACAAGAUGCGACUCGCGGAUCGUGCUGCUGUACCCGCUGGUGGACUACGUGCUUCGCAACCACUGGCACCCGAAGCUGAAGGUUUACGGCGACAAGGUUCGGUGGUUUCCACUGGGCCACGGGUCAGGCUUCGGGCGCCCGGCAUCGAACGCGAUCCUGCCGGCUAGCCAUCGGAAGUUCCGGUGCAGCUUCCGCGGGGCCAAGUGGGAGAACCGAAGGGAGUUCAUCAACGCCAUCAACAGCUUCGCGGCGCAAGGCCGGCUCAACUGCCAGAUCACCUGGACUGGCGACUUCAACAAAGGUCUUCCGGUGACCGCCUUCCGGAAGGAGCUGCUGGCAUCGGCGUUUGCUCCUUCUCCUCCGGGCCUCUACAACCCCGAUUGCUUCCGUAUCUACGAAGCCAUGUUCGCCGGAGCCAUUCCGAUCAUACCUCGUCACUUCCAGUUUGAACCUCUGGGAGACCAUCCCCUUCCCAUGGAGCCAGCUGCCUGA